CCAGAAACAGAGUGUUCCAGACUGAGAGAGAGAGAGAGAGAGAGAGAGAGAGAGAGAGAGAGGGAACAAUGGAGGUGGUUAGAAGAGGGUUUGGCUUUGGGUCUGGUUCAGCUUUGGCGGCUGUGGUGGUCUUGGCCUUGGUUUUGGUCAUGGUUCCAGAAACCUCAGCUACUCGUUUUACUGUGGGAGGUAACAAGGGCUGGACUACCAAUGUUAACUACACUAUUUGGGCUCAAGACCGGCACUUCUACAAUGGAGAUUGGCUUUAUUUUGUGUAUGAUAGGAACCAGCAGGAUAUCCUAGAGGUGAACAAGACAAACUAUGAGUUAUGCAAUUCAGAUCAUCCACUGCACAAUUAUACUACUGGAGCUGGAAGAGAUGUGGUUCCACUAAAUGUGACUAGACACUACUAUUUCUUGAGUAGCAAGGGCUUCUGCUACAGUGGUAUGAAGAUGGCUAUCAAGGUGGUAAACCCACCCCCACCUCCCAAAGCUGCCCCGGCGACAAGCAAGGGCGGUGCUCCGUUAUCGCCUGUAUUUAGAUCUCAAUUUGUGUUGCCAGCCAUUUUUGCCAUUGGGGCAGUUUGGGAUGCAUUUCUUAGGUUCUGCUAGCAUAAACUAAGGUAACAUUGAUGGGUGAGGAUAUCGAAAUGAGUAAUCAGUGAGGAUAUCCAAAUCAUAUUUUAGACAAUUUCUUCAUUGUUUGUCCACAUUAAUCCUUGUACCUUAGGUUUCUUGUUGCUUUUUUGGGUUUGUGAUUUGUUGGUGUUUUAAUUCAUGUUGGUGGAAUUGUUGAGAAAUGAAUGCUGUUGGUAAUUUCAAUUGAUAUUCUUUCAGAUUGGUAUA